CUGUCUGGAAGGUCACUGGCGGGAGACUUAAACCCUCGCGAGCUUGAUUACUGUCCGUUUUCGACUUCCCCCUCUUCAUCACGGCCUACUGUAGCUAAGUCUAAUUAAACAUAUUUUAGGGUUUAGUAUUAAAUGCACGACAACCAAACUUGACGAGUUUUUCCUAGCUAAACAGGUCAUCAAAGGCAAUGAAUCAUACGAGGAACAUAAAAGAAAUGCUGAACAUACCAACUGGAAGCAGCAACAGAAAUGUGUCUACUAGCGGCUACUCCAGUUUCACAGACUCUCAGGUAUUCUUUGGGUCUCAGUUUUGGCCUGAAAAUUCUCAAGGCAUGUCUCAAGAUAUGAGUUUGUCAGCCAGGACAUCCCAACAAAGUUCACAAGAGGGAAGUGAGCCAAAGUUUUCAAGCAGUUAUCACACUAAACCCUUCCUGUUUGGAGAAUUAAAGGACAAGAGCAAAGCCUUUGGAAUACUGGAUAAAUUUGAAGAGGACAGGAAAAAGGCAAAAGAAAAAACUGACGGUGAUCUUUUAGCCAAAGAAUGUUUUCAUUUUCGAGAAACUCUCAACAAUAUCCAACAAUUGGUUGCUGGCACAGAGAAAAAUACUGCUGUGUGCCAAACAGUCCUUGAGAAUGUUGACAAUUUUGCAUCAACAUUGCACAAUAAUCUUAACAGUCUUCAGCGUGACAUUUCCCAGCAGUUUGAGACUUUUUUGAAUAAAGUGAACUCCCAGAAGGAGAUGAUGACUGAACUGGAGGAUAGGGUGCAAAAGAGUGGGGACACCACAGCAGAACUUGGUUCAAAUAUGCAAAGCUUAAAGAAUAGUCUGGAGUGUCUGAGAGAGGAGCAGGAGAGAGAACGAAACAUGCUUGAGGAGACUCUGAAGCUGCUCACCACCUUAGUCUCGAAGCACUCAGCCAAACCCAGCCCUGAGAGAGUGACAGACACUGCCAUCCAGACAUCACCAGGGCUGGAACAGCCUUUCUCCAACAUCCUGCAGGAGAACAAGCUUGAAAGCACACAGCUUACAUGUAACUCAUACAACCUUGAGCACAAUCCGGCUAAAGUUACCCCUCAGGGUCCCAGCUGUGUCGCAGGAAAGAGGAAAUUCACUCAGAGAAGCAAUAGAAGGCGCAAAAAGAGGCCGCUGGUGCUCUCACAAAGGAAUAAGCGCAUUGUCACGAAUGAAAACAGUCGACCCCUCAUGAACUGUGACAAACAACAAAAUGUUUCAACACCUCUCUGUGAGCGCCGUGAUCCGAACAUGGUAACCAGCCAAAACAGGGAGGCGAGAUCCAUAGCUGAAGGUUGUUUCAUCACCCCUCUCAGCUGCUGGUCUCAGGACAGCAACAGCUCUGUGUGCCUUGCAGGAAUCGAACCCGUCUUAGAGAAGCUCUCAGCUGAGUCCGAGACAGGGACCCCAAUGAAACCCGAAGGGUUCUGGCAGUUGUUUGACAUGGAUUACGAUGUAGGCUUUUAGAGGAUGAGUAAUGGACUCAGAAGAGUGAAGCAUUUGUGUUCUUAUUUUUAGAGUAAAAGCCAAACAUUUUUUGUUAUAUUUAUUAUUACUUGUGACCUAUGUUAGUUGUAAAGUCAUUCAGUUUUUUUUUGAAAAAUGAACACAUUGAUAAAUAAUUUUUGUCUUAUACUUAUGGUGGAAGAGCUGUGGAUGGGUGUAAAGAGACACUAUUAACAAGUGAGUUUAGGAUAGACUGACCCACAACUACACAUGUUUAGUUUACAAGUUUUUCUUCUGACAACAAAUAUUGUAAGAUUAAGUGUCUCUGCUGACUUUUAAAAAUUCAUUUAUUCUGCAUUUAUUCUGCUGACUUGGCAUUGCAAAUUAACUAAAAGAAUUGAGUUUUUGUGUUCAAAUAAACAACCAUGUUCCAUAAUAUUGCUAAGGUGCAUGUUUAUUGCAGAAAAAAACAUUUUAUUGUACUUUAGCAAGCAUACCACAAAAAGAACAAACAAAUUGAUUAUUACAAUACGAAAUAAUCGGAUGUAUAUGCAUAGUCCAUAAUUAUGACUAGAGCUGCAACAAGUAGUUACUAGUUAGUUACUAAUUACAAAAUAUCUUCUGGAUGCAGCUUCUCCAGUUUGCUGUUUGUCUUUGUUGUAUAUGGCAGUAAUUGAAUAUAAGAUUUUGGCCUAUUCGGACA